AUUACCAGUUUUUUUAUACAGUCGAAUUGUUUUUUUAUUUAUUCAAAUAUGGUUCGUAGCAAGCCUUGCGCUCCUUUGAGGAAUUGCCAAAGCCGUGAGUUACGGGGUGGUGUACUUUACACAGACUGCUAUUGUCUACGUCGAAAUGGAUUGCAGUAUGAUUGUCGUAGAAGUGGUUGUCAAACUUCGCCGCUGUGCCAAGUAUUGCCAACACCAUUGUGUGGUCCAGCAACCAUGGCAUGCAUCAAACACUGCGGUAAUCCACAUGCUGAAGCGUUGUAUAGCAUUUGUAAAAUGAAAAAGAAAUAUUAAAGAUAUUACCUAUAAAGAUUUCAAUGACUGGCGACAAAUAAAAUAAAACUGAAAUUGGAAGCCUUUGAAAAAGUACUGGCACGUUAUUUUGACAAUAAUAUUCAUAGAAUAAUUAUUAAGUUUUGUACCGAUUUAAAAUGAGAACACAGGAGCAGAAUACAAAUCGAUAUCGUCAUGAGUAGACAUAAAUAACAUACGAAAAAUUAUCAAGUAAAUUAAAUAAAUUUUAAAAAUUUCUAGUGUUAUAUUCGGAUAAUAUUUUGUUAAUUUAAUUUAAAAUCAUUAAAAAUCAGUAAAAAUAUAUAAAUUACAUCGUUUCGACUUCAACGCGGUAUAGAAGGAUUAUAAAAUGUGUUCGCCGUGCGGUCCCAUGGUUUGUUACAAGUAUGAAGACUGCGGACCGCCGAUAGGUAGAGCAGCCGAAAAGGGGGCUCCCACCGCGGAAGAAAACGAUGCAGAAAAAACAGGAUCAAAGGAAAAUCAGCUGAAGAGAACAAAAAGCCGUGAACUCCGUGGCGGAAUUAUGUAUUAUAGCUGUCAUUGCAUAAAAAGAAAUGGUCUUCAACAUGAUUGUCGGCGUACUGGUUGUGGUGGAGAGGCGGCAUGUUUAGUUUUACCUGACCCUUUGUGUGCGCCAAGUCAACUAGCGCGAGCGCGUGGACUUGCAGAUCCGGCUCCGCUAGCAGCUCAUCUUCGGGCUCAAGCGGGCACUUCGGGAGAUUUAGCAGAAUCGAAUUUCGGAUCUAGUGGUGGUAAAAGGUUUAUAGUCUGUGAACUAAAAGGCGUGGUGCCCGACGGUUCAUCGACUAAAAAGGAACAAUGUUGUUGUUCCUGUGCAAAGAGUGGUGGUGCUGAUACUGCUGAUGCUGCUGGAUCUCCGGCAGCAGGAUUGCCAGUUUUGGUGAUGAAACUUUGCUAAAAUUAGAUCGAAUUAAGAUAAAAAUUGCAAUAUAUUAAAUGUUUUGAUGUACCUA